AUGGGGUCUGGUGACAAAACACCAUCUCGCCUUCAUGGCCCAAAAUCCGGGGCGGUUCGAGGCAAGGCCGCUGUUGAGCAGCCAGAUGUUGCGGAGAAUGAACCGGAACUCAACGAGAGAAUCAUGGAUUGUGACUGGUCUCAACUUGAAAGCAGCUACAUACGGAUGAUGGACCAACAUGAGAAAUCUGAUGAAGAACUGCGAGACCGUAUUACGAAACUGCUCCAGGUAUUCACAGCUUGGUCGCAAACCACAGUCGAGCAUGAUGAAACAAGAGCCUUGAAAAGGUUCCGGACGCAGAUGCACCACGUCCAGAAUUCCGAGGAGACUCUGGAGAAAAAGCGGAAGCACUACAUGGAUGUUAUAAAGGCUUUUGAAAGUGCAUUGGCACUUUUAAAUGACCGUGUGAAGCCUUAA